GGAUUCCUAUAUCUCUACUCGACAUCACGCUUAUACAAGCGCGGCAAACUGGACUAUCUACUUCUAGAGCAACGGCGAGAACAAGGAGCUAUGCGACUGCGUCCUCUAGACGAAACGCACAUGCGCAGGCACAGGCGGUCGUGACAAAAGCGCCUCCAGCAUUGCGUGGGGCGUAUCUGAAGCCAACCUUUUCUGUGGAGGAGAGGAUGGAAGCUAAAAAAAAUACGAAAGGAAAUGAUUCAAGAAAUGGACAAUUCGGAGAGAGGCAGCGAGGUCUUGAGCGUAAAUGGCUCACGAUGGGUAUGGCGGAUGCAGAAAGGGUAAGGCGUCCUAUGUCUGGACCACCUACAAGUGCCGCUGCCGCGAAUUUGCAUGAACGCGUGGAUGCACUGAUAAAUCGGUCGAGAGCUGAGAUUUCCGCGCGGGCAGCGAAAGAAGAAACUCAAGCAGAAGAGCUGUCCCUGCACUAUGAUGAUGGUGUCUUGCUACAGAUGUACGCAGACCUCCUCACGCAUCCCAAAGGCAAACCGAAAGAUCGGUCAAAGACUGUUGCCAGUGCGGAGAGAAAGAAGUUGCUACAGUCUGUUGCGAAUCGAUUGGUAGUCGCGAGUGGUACGAGCUGUAAUACGUCUAUGAACGAGGAAGUUGAGGUAGCCUCUUCUCCGACUCUUGCGAGCCGACUUGCUGCACGAAGAGGGUUGUCUUUGCAACUAAAGGACGAUGGUUCCUCAGAACAAGACUUCUUAGAUGUCCCGCAGUCACAACUUGAUCCUCAGAAGCUGCAUCAUGGCAUCCUUUUGCGAUUUAUAGACGUCGUACGUGAAAUGGAGCGUGCCCAGAAAGUUGUAGGGAAGUCAACAACGAUGUCCGUCGCUGUGCUUUCUUCGCGAGAAUGGAAUGCUCUCGUUCAUACCGCCAUUGAGCUAAACGAGAUAGACCUUGCGGAGCGCGCUCUUUUACUCAUGAAGCGGUGCGAGAUGGAGCCGACUGAGGAUCUCGUCAACGACGUAAUGAGCGUACACGCGUCAAACGGCGACGUGCCUGCCGUCGCAUCGCUUUUCGAGAAACUUGCUAUCGGCAAGCCGACGGCGCGCCAGCGGGAUUUGCACAUCAAGGCGCAUAUGAAGACUUCUUCAUCCGAUUAUGGCAAUAUCCAAUCCGCCCUGCAUACCCUCCACAAUUACGAAGCUCUCGCCCUGCUCCCACCUGUAGAGUCCUACACACGCCUCAUUUCCGCGCUCUUCUCUACAUGCUCGGCGCAGCUCAGGGCGCACGCGUGGGAUCUCUUCUCGCACAUGCGAUAUGUUGCCCACGCGAAGCCCGAUCCUGCACUGUACGCGCUCAUGAUCCGCGCAUGCGCAGGCACGGGGUUCUCGCACUCCGGAUAUGUUGCCGAUCCUGCGCGUGCUUUAGAUCUUUGGACGGAGAUGACGACUGAGGCGGGAUAUAAACCGGAUGUGGGCGCGUAUAAUGCGGUGAUAUUGGCAUGUGCGAGGGUAAAAGAGUAUGCGGCAGACGCAUUCCGGCUUGCGCGAGAGAUGCUUGACGGACAUCGUGAUGCGUAUGGGGAUCCGUUAAUGCAUGCCACGCAAGAGACGUUCAAUGCACUCCUUGUUGCUGCGAAGACAAGGAAGGAUUUAGCGCGCGCACGGUGGAUCCUUGCAGAGAUGAUAAAGAUCUACAACCAGUGUAUGCGCGAAGGGCGCGAUAAUGAUGUUGCGCCUGAUACGGAAAGCGUUAUGCAUGUUUUUCAUGCAUACGCUUCGUUUAUACCAUCGCAGCGGCGUAGUGAGCUCAAUGUCAUUGACGAGAGCGAGGUUAAGGCCGUAGCAGAAGUCAGUGCUAACGGUCAGGCUGAACAAGACCCUCCUCAUGAGGAGGACGACAAAGCACCUGUACCAGCCAGGGCACCUUUCAGCAUAUCACCUCCACAAACUCGACAAGAAGUCCUUGCAGAGGCAGACGCUCUCUUCGAGCGUAUACUCGAAGAAAAAGGAGCAGAGGCCUCAGCUUCACGCUCUGAAGAGAAGAAGAAAUCAAAGCCGGGGCCGUUCUCAUCUGUCUUGCUCCAACCAAAAUUGCUAAACUCGUAUUUGUGCGUGUAUUAUAUGCAUGGGUCCUUGGAGGACUCGAGGAGACUUUAUGAGGAGGUAUAUAGACGGACGGGCGUCGAGCGUUCCCCGAGGACGUACGUCGAAGCUCUGGACCGGUGUGCUAGGGCGAAAAAGGAUGAGCGAGACCUUGCGAGAAGCUUUGCGGAGAGUAUCUGGAUCGAGUGGCUUGAGGUUGAGAAGGGACUUAACCCGAACUCGACAGACGCUCGACAGAUUGAACGUGCUCACGCCGCUAUGAUUCGAGUGUAUGCUCUCGUUAAUGACCUCGACCGCGCAAUGCAACUUGUCCGCUCCUUCGAAACGAUCUAUACCCCACGUGCAGUCGCCUCACCCGCACUCUCACCUUCCUACCACGAAAAAAAUAACCGCCGACUUAAGUCUGCCUCUUCACUACUCGUCGCCAAACGGCCUCUCGUGCGUCUAACCACCACAACAGAAGUACAAGAUGACACAGUUCCCCCUCUACUCACUCCCCGCGAUUUGGAACUCCUACACCACCGCCUUGUAGUAGCGGCGGCGGGUGCUUCUGGUAGGGAUAGGAAAGCGGAUAUUGAUUUCCUCACGUAUUUGGGUAAUGCGUACAUGGGUUCGUUGAGGAAACGACGAGAUCGGACUAUUCAGGCGAAAAAUUGAUCUUGGUCUAUCGUUAUGGGUGUUCUUGCUAUCGAUCUAUUUCAUCGGUCUGUGGUCUAAACAGACAUACC